AUGAAAGGAAUAGCUCGUUCGUUUGUUUACUGGCCGGGAAUCGACACAGACAUUGAGAAGACAGCGAAAUAUUGUGCAGAGUAUGCUCGUCAGGCGCAUGCUCCCUCCAAGUUUAGUGAACACCACUGGCAAUACCCCAAAGGCCCGUGGGAAAGGAUACACAUAGACUAUGCUGGUCCAGUGGCAGGUUCAAUGUUGCUGAUUAUAGUUGACGCGUACAGUAAGUGGUUAGAGGUGAAAGUCACAAAUUCAAUGACAACAGCAGCAACGAUUGGCAUUAUUGAUGAGUUAUUUUCUCGUUAUGGAGCACCUGUUACCAUUGUGUCAGAUAAUAGGCCGCAAUUUACCUCUGCGGAAUUUAAGGAGUUUUUGCAGAAGAGCGGCGUCAAGUUCCACAAACUUUCGGCUCCCUAUUACCCUGCAACGAAUGGCCAAGCAGAACGUUACGUGCAGACAACAAAAGACGCCCUGAAGGCAAUGGGAACUACUACAUCGACGUUGCAGUCCAACUUGAACAACUCUCUGCAGAGAUAUCGCAUAGCUCCUCAUGCUACCACUGGAGAAUCGCCAUCCAAGCUGUUUACGGGACGGAACAUUAGGACACACCUAGACCUACUAAAGCCCGAAGACGUUCGCCAGAAAGUAUCGAUGAAGCAACAAAUCAACUUUAAGCCAUCUUUCCGUGAAUUCAGUUCGGGUCAGAACGUGUAUUUCCUCGCCGGUAACCUUCGUAUGGAAAAAUGGAUUGCUGGUGUGACCGCUGUGUGA